UUGAACGAAUUAAAAGAAUAUGUCAAAACUGUUGUAUUAACUGUUUUUUUGUGUUUAUUCAAAAGUAUUAUUUCCAAAAAGAGUUUAAAUAUAUAAACAUUGUUUGUUACUUGAUUACAAAACUGAAUACUGUUAAGUUUAUGUUUGACUAGUGUUAUUUUACUAAUAACAGUAUGGAUGUCGCCGAUACUUUUGCGACGCAAAGUCAAGUUAGAGACGAAGUUGGUGUACGAUGUCAAAAACUUUUUCAAGACUUUCUUGAAGAGUUCAAAGAAGACAAUGAGAUUAAAUAUGAAAAACACGCAAAAGAAUUAUUGAAACCUGAAUUAAGUACACUAGAAGUCAGUUUUGACGAUAUCGAAAAAUACAACCAGAAUCUUGCAACCACUAUUAUUGAGGAGUACUACCGCAUUUAUCCAUUUUUAAAUCAAGCUAUUUUCAACUAUGUGUUGAGUCAGGCCGACAGUGGUAUGAAAAAAGACUUACAAGAUAAAGAAUGUUAUAUAUCAUUUGUUGAUGUACCUACUAGACAUAAAGUAAGAGAAUUGACGACAGCUAAAAUUGGUACACUGAUCAGAAUAUCAGGACAGAUUGUCCGAACUCACCCAGUGCACCCUGAGCUGGUCUUGGGCACUUUUGUUUGCUUAGACUGUCAAACUGUCAUUAAAAAUGUUGAACAACAAUUUAAGUACACAAUCCCAACUAUUUGCCGUAAUCCAGUAUGUGCGAAUCGUAGACGGUUUAUGCUGGAUGCAGACAAGUCCGUUUUUGUGGACUUCCAAAAGAUACGCAUACAGGAAACUCAGGCAGAGCUACCGAGGGGAUGUAUCCCCCGUUCACUUGAGGUUAUACUGAGGGCUGAGGCUGUUGAAUCCGUGCAGGCUGGUGACCGCUAUGAUUUCACUGGAACCUUAAUUGUUGUUCCCGAUGUUGGGUCUCUUUCCUUACCUGGUGCAAAAGCAGAGCUUACCACAAGGACCAGGCAGGCCAAUGAAGGUCAAAUGGAGGGAAUUAAGGGCCUAAAAGCAUUGGGAGUCAGAGAAUUGCAUUACAAGACAGCGUUUUUGGCGUGCAGUGUGCAAGCAAUAUCACGCAGGUUUGGUACUGCGGAACUAGCCACUGAUGAUCUCACCACAGAGGAUAUGAGGAAACAGAUGACUGAUAAGGAGUGGGAUAAGGUAUAUGAAAUGUCGAGAGAUCGUAAUUUGUAUAACAACUUGAUUGCGAGUUUGUUCCCAAGCAUACAUGGUAAUAAUGAAGUAAAAAGGGGGAUAUUGCUCAUGCUUUUUGGAGGAGUUGCUAAAACAACUAUGGAAGGGACUACACUUCGUGGCGAUAUCAACGUAUGUAUAGUGGGCGACCCAAGUACGGCGAAGUCACAAGUAUUGAAGCAAGUAAGCGAGAUCACGCCACGAGCGGUGUACACCAGCGGGAAAGCUUCUUCGGCCGCGGGUCUCACAGCAGCCGUUGUAAAGGACGAGGAAUCAUUCGACUUUGUAAUAGAAGCCGGCGCGUUAAUGUUGGCGGAUAAUGGGGUUUGUUGUAUAGAUGAGUUCGACAAGAUGGACCCUGGCGAUCAGGUAGCCAUCCACGAGGCUAUGGAACAGCAGACAAUAUCAAUAGCCAAGGCUGGCGUUCGUGCGACUCUUAAUGCACGUACAUCGAUUCUGGCCGCUGCCAACCCCAUUGGUGGUAGGUAUGACCGCGCAAAAUCACUGCAACAAAAUGUCGCACUGAGUGCACCCAUCAUGUCCAGAUUUGAUUUAUUCUUCAUAUUAAUAGAUGAGAGUAGCGAAAUGGUUGACUAUGCUAUCGCUCGGAAGAUUGUGGAUCUCCACUGUAAUAAGGAAGAGACAUAUGACUGUGUAUAUUCUAGAGAAGAUCUGCUGAGAUAUAUUGCAUUUGCGAGAUCGUUCAAGCCUAUUAUUACAGAAGAAGCUGGCCAGUUACUAGUGGAGUACUAUUCCGCAUUACGAUCACGCGACAGCAGCGGAACGGGCGGAGCAGGAGGCGGCGCAUGGCGAAUCACCGUAAGGCAACUGGAGUCCAUGGUCCGGCUGGCGGAGGCCAUGGCCAAGAUGCACUGUAGCGGACAUGUCGCGCCUCAACACGUACACGAGGCUUACAGACUGUUGAACAAAUCCAUUAUUAGAGUUGAACAGCCAGAUAUACACUUGGAUGAAGAUGAUCCACAGUUUGAGCCUACCAUGGAUGUUGAUCAGGACUUACCUAAUGGCACUGGCAGUACAAACGGCCACGUGAAUGGAGACUCGGCGCCCAAAAAGAAGCUUACAUUGUCAUUUGAAGAUUACAAAGCUCUUAGUGAUAUGCUUGUGGUGUUCAUGAGAAAGGAAGAGGCUGAGACGGAAACUAGAGGAGAGGAGAGUUCUGGUAUGCGUAAGAGUGCAGUAGUGAGUUGGUACCUGGAACAGCUAGUUUCACAAGGGCAUAUUGAAAAUGAAGAUGAACUACUUGAAAGGAAAACCCUUGUAGAGAAAGUGAUUGAUCGCCUCAUGUACCAUGACCAAGUAAUUAUUCCUUUAUCAACUACCGGGCUGAAGGCAACCCAGAAAUCCACGGAGCAGGAGAUAGAGGAUGACCCAUUACUAGUGGUACAUCCCAACUAUGUAGUUGACGCAUAGGAAAUAAGUUGUCUUUUUGUUUAAUAAAAUUGAUAAAUCAGAACUU